UGCUGUAGAAGGGCAUUCCUGUUGCAGCACCGAAGAAAGGAGGCAAGGAGAAACUGGGGUUCCCUUUGGCCCUGUUUGGGGACACUCUGGUCGUCAUGGAGGACGGUAUCUAUGUGCCUCCAGAUCUGACACCAGAAGAGAGGCUAGAGUUGGAGAACAUCCGGCGACGGAAGCAGGAGCUCUUGGUGGAAAUCCAACGCUUGAGAGAUGAACUCAGUGAAGCCAUGAAUGAAGUGGAGGGGCUGGAGGCCAAUGAGGGAAGUAAAACUCUACAAAGAAACCGGAAGAUGGGGAUGGGACGUAAGAAGUUCAACAUGGAUCCCAAAAAAGGAAUACAAUUCCUGGUAGAAAAUGAACUUCUGCGCUCCACACCUGAGGAUAUUGCUCGCUUCCUCUACAAAGGGGAAGGCCUCAACAAGACAGCCAUUGGGGACUACCUUGGUGAGAGGGAGGAGUUUAAUAUUGGUGUGCUUCAUGCCUUUGUUGAUUUGCAUGAAUUUACUGACCUCAAUCUAGUGCAAGCUCUCAGGCAGUUCCUGUGGAGUUUUCGAUUACCAGGAGAAGCCCAGAAAAUCGAUCGUAUGAUGGAAGCCUUUGCUCAGCGGUACUGUCUGUGCAACCCAGGGGUCUUUCAGUCUACAGAUACAUGUUAUGUCCUCUCUUUCGCGGUCAUCAUGCUAAACACCAGCCUUCACAACCCCAAUGUCCGAGACAAGCCCACGGUCGAGAGGUUCAUCACUAUGAACCGUGGUAUCAAUGAUGGGGGCGACUUGCCGGAGGAGUUGCUGCGGAAUCUGUACGACAGCAUCCGUAAUGAGCCCUUCAAGAUCCCAGAAGAUGAUGGGAACGACUUGACUCACACAUUUUUUAACCCUGAUCGCGAGGGCUGGCUCCUCAAGCUGGGAGGACGAGUGAAGACCUGGAAGCGACGCUGGUUCAUCUUGACUGACAACUGCCUCUAUUACUUUGAAUACACCACAGAUAAAGAGCCAAGAGGCAUCAUCCCAUUGGAAAACCUAAGCAUUCGGGAAGUAGAAGACCCACGGAAACCAGGCUGCUGUAAGUGUGGAUCCUUUUUACGAGAUGUUGGCUGCCCGCAAGAAACGCAUCUCAGUGAAGCAGAAACAGGAGCAGGCAUGAGGUGGGGAUUAGCUAGUUCCCAUCCUUCCCCCUCUCUGUACAUCUUCCUGUAUCAUCUCUCGGAUCUUCUGACAAGCCCACCUGGGUUGAACUCCAUGAAACCAACUAUUCCUGUUGUGGGUCCACCACACUUCUUGGCCAGUCUAAUGGCAUGCCAGCAUCCCACUGCCUCCACUCACUCAUCUCUCCCCCCCCCCCCCAAGAGCUUCCUCUAGCCCUGUAGGGGUUUGCCAGUGGGACUUGAGCUUGGGAACUGCCCAAUGGUGCGGUAACUUCAGGGAAUGUGCAUCCUUUGUGUUUUGAGGCAGCUUCUCCAAACUGAAUUAAUCUUCAGCCUUCAUCAGACAGAGUCAGGUGGUUUCAAAGCAUCUCACUUAACCCCUCCACACCUUGACUAGGGGCAACCAACUUUGAUCAUGGUAAAAGAACAUUUCCUAUUUUGACUGGACUUCUUCGUUCUGCUUCCCAACAUAACAGCUGGUCUGCAUGUCUGAGAAGAAGAAAAAUUGAAAAACCCCUUCAGGUUAUUAGCAAUUUAGAAUGGGGAGAAGCCCUUGUUUUCACUCAAUCGCUACAGAAAAACCGCACCUUGCUCGCCUAAGCCAAGCACAUCAGGGAGUAAGCUAGCAUGUCUUUCAAAUUGCUAGUUUUCGGUGUUUCAGGAUCACUCAAGUCAUUUAAUUUCCCCAAACUGCUUCUUGAUGCAAAUAAUCACAUGAGCAUUUUUGACAUGCUUUUCUCUGUAGGAUGUCCCUUUGAGUUUGUUGCCAAACCAGCCAUAUUGUGCACCCAAGAAAACAGUAUUCUGAGUCUGACACAUUAAUGUUUACAUAUACCCUAUUCCCCAUUAUUUGGGCUUACAAAAGGAAGUAAACACACCAACAACCAGCUGGGGCCAAAGAGCCAGAUAACUAAAGUAUAUGCACUGACAUAAUUUUGAACACUAUUUGUAGCCUCCAGCAGGAAUAACUGACACACAUUUGUAACUGACAGCUUGUAAUUCUUCAUUGUUAGACUCAGAAACUGACACUCUCCUCAAUUACUUGUAGAGACAUUAGAACAUUGACACUACCGCUAAUUCUCCCCGCUCUUUCCUGCCUCAAGUGUAGCAGCAAAUAUAUGUGGGGCUUCCUUCUGUAGUUAAUUCAAUAUGUUUUUGAUGGUCUUACAGAGGAAUUCAAAUGAGAACACUCCCACUGGCAUGUCUCUGUAUUGUCUUUUUCAGAUUCAGAUCUUUCUUAAAAUUCUGGAAACAGUUUUCUUCAGUUAUAAUAAGUCAUUAUGCCAUCAGGAUGGUUAAAAAACUGUCUCUCCCAUUUUUCCAGAACUGUUGAUACUUGCACAUUCAGGUUAUUAGAUCAGAGAACAAUAAAGAAGAAAAAGAGAAUGAGCUUAUGAAUUGGAAGAAAAAUUAGUCUGUGUAAUUCCCCCCCCUUUUUUUUGUGUAUGUUAAGAAAUGCAAAAAUAAGAUAGUCCUUGAUUUAUGACCAGUCUCUUAGCAACCAAAAUAGAAACAUCCUCUCCCCCCAAGUACUUACAACCCAGAUUCAAAGUUCCAGAUCUAGGGCCCAACCCCGCCCUGCAAUGAUUACAUUUUGGGGUUUUGGCAAUCAUUUUGCAUUAUAUGGGCAUUUUCAGCUUUCCGUGGUUACAUGACCAAGCUUUUUGCAAAAACAAACAAACAACACCCUGACAUUUACUUAACCGGCAAAAGUGUACCCAUUGCAAACAUAGGCCCCGAAAAUGUUGAAAAUUCAGGUGGUUUGUGUGAUGACCCAUUUUAACAAUUAGCAGAAUGUAUGACCAUAAUUCCAGGCUCAGUUAUGUCAAGGUCAACCUGUAGUUGUUGUGUUACCCUUUCCCCCCCACCCUCUCCAAAACUUAAGAAGUUUGUUCUUCCCCAUGAUAGCCUCACCUCACUCCAAAGGCCGUCUCCUACUGCAGUGAGUGGGAUAUUGUACCACUCAGAGCUCUAAAUCUAAUCUUCCACCACUGCUUUUCCUCAGGUUGUCCCUUGGGUAUAACCCUCGGAGCCUGAAGGCUUUAUGAAACCCCGAGUUUGGCUUUCUAAACUGCCAAGCACUUUGUGGCACAUCUCAGGCCUUUGUGACGGAAUAGUGCAAAGUCCUCAGGAGCUGCAAAGGUCUCUGGCUUAAUAUUAUAGUACCUCCUUCGUCCGUGUGCAUUUCAGCCUGAUCAGCAUCCCCUGCCCCAAGAAAAGCUACAUUGGCUGCAGCCAGUACAAAUCCCAUUGGAUUUAAACUGAAAAUAUCUUCCCACCACCCAAGUUAGAAACGCUGUGGUCAGAAUUAGGGGUUGUGUUUUAUUCCAUUUAGAAGAAAAGCAUGAGGAAAAAGCAGCAAGUGAAAAGAAAGGGAUUGAUAUUAAUUUUCAGUCUUUGGUAAAAAUAAAUAUAAGAAAAUCCAGGAUACUCUUUAAAGCAGCAUUUUCCAUCACAACCCAUUAACAAGUUUGCUCAAAGCUGACCCAUCUGCUUUAUACCUGCUCAGACCCAUUGUAGGAAGCCCCUUAAUCCCUAAUCCUAAAGGCUGGCUGGGGAAUUCUGGGAGUUGAAGUCCACAGAUCUUAAAAGUUGCCACGGUUGGACAGCUUUGCCCUAACUCAUGACUCCUUUUCAAUCUUAAUUUAAUUGCCUCCCCAAAGUGGCUAGCCUUUCCCUUUCUUAACUAAAGUUAAAUUAUAUUUCAGAUCCAAAUGUGUAACAUACAUAUUUUUAUAAACAAGAGUUUCAGAA